UGAAAUGGCGCAGAGAGGAGUUCAGCUGGACCAAGAGACCUUCUCUUGUUCCAUAUGUCUGGAUCUACUGAAGGAUCCGGUGACUACUCCCUGUGGACACAGCUACUGCAUGAACUGUAUUAAAAGCCACUGGGAUGGAGAGGAUCAUAAGACCAGCCACAGCUGUCCUCAGUGCAGGCAGACGUUCACGCCAAGGCCUGUCCUGCUGAAAAACAACUUGUUGGCAGAUUUAGUGGAGGAGCUGAAGAAGACUGGACUCCAAGCUGCUCCUGCUGAUCACUGCUAUUCUGGAGCUGAAGAUGUGGCCUGUGAUAUCUGCACUGAGAGAAAACUGAAAGUCCUGUCUGGUCUGUUUGGCCUCUUACUGUGAUCAACACCUCCAGCCUCAUUAUGAUGUGGCUCCGUUAAAGAAACACAAGCUGGUGGAGCUGGUGAAUUUUUACUGUUAGACCAGAGGAAGAGUACAUGUAGCAGUCGCAUACAAGAAUAUUAACAGAGCAGGGGAG